AUGGACGCGGAUCCGAGCCCCCCAGCGGCUGCUGCAGCAGCAGCAGCAGCAGCAGCUGCAGGAGCUGCAGCAGCAGCAACGCCGCUCGCCAGCGACGGGGUGAAAGUCACUGCUUCCGGGCUCACGAAGCAGCAGCAGCAGCGAGUUGCUGCACACAGCCACAUCCGCUCGCUGGGGCUGGCAGCAGACGGCUCCGCGCUGCAGCAGGCGGGGGGCAUGGUGGGCCAGCUGGAGGCUCGGGAGGCUGCGGGGAUCAUAGUGGACUUGAUAAAGGCGCGAAAGCUGGCGGCUGCAGCAAAGCUGCAGCAAACACAGCCGCAGCAAAGCUGCAGCAAAGCUGCAGCAAAGCUGCAGCAAAGCUGGGGCGUUGCUGCAGCUGUGCUGCAGCAAAGCUGGAGCGCUGCAGCGGGAAAGCUGCAGCUGCGCUGCAGCUGCGCUGCAUCAAAGCUGCAUCAAAGCAGCAUCAAAGCAGCACCAAAGCUGCAGCAAAGCAGCAGCUGCAAAUGCAUUAGCGCCGUAAUGCUGACACUCAAAACAGUCAAGGGAAUGAAAACCCUCCGGCUGGCCCCCCAGCUUCACGACUCGCUGCAGAAGGAGAAAGUGCGAGUCGGAGAUGUGGUGUUUAUUGAGGCGAACACGGGAAUUGUGAAGCGCGUCGGCCGCAGCGACGCGUACGCCACGGAAUUCGACCUGGAGGCCGAAGACUUCGUGCCAGUGCCCAAGGGACAUGUAGAAAAAAAGAAAGAAGUUGUGCAAACUGUUUCUCUUCAUGAUCUAGACGUGGCCAAUGCGAAGCCUCAGGGGGGCACUGACGUCUUGUCGAUGAUGGGCGCAUACAUGAAGCCCCGCAAAACUGAAAUUACGGAGAGACUGCGAGAGGAAAUAAACAAAACUGUCAACAAAUAUAUUGAGCAGGGCGUGGCGCAGCUGAUUCCGGGCGUUCUGUUCAUAGACGAAGUUCAUAUGCUGGAUAUUGAAUGUUUCUCUUUCCUCAACCGCGUUUUGGAGUCUCCCAUGAGUCCCAUUAUCGUGUUUGCUACAAACCGUGGCGUCAGCACAGUUCGCGGGACAGAUUCUGUAGAGCCCCACGGCAUGCCUGUGGAUCUUCUAGACCGGCUUUUGAUAAUAAAGACGCAGCCGUACACAGUUUCAGAAGUGGUCCAGGUGAUCCAGCUGCGGGCAGCGGUGGAACGCGUGAACUUGUCGCCAAGUGCUUUGGAAGCCCUCGGCGAAAUCGGCGCACAAACUUCGCUGCGCUUCGCGCUGCAGCUGCUGGAGCCCUGCAGGCUGGCAGCAGAGGCGCGGGGCUCCGAAGUGGUGGAGCCAAGCGACGUCGCAGACGUGGACUCUCUCUAUCUCGACGCGAAGGCCUCGGCUGUGCGGCUGGCUGAGCAGCGCCACCGCUUCCCUUCCUGA